UCUCCUCUCCCACAGUGGGCAAGCCCUACAAGUGCAACUACUGCGGCCGGAGCUACAAACAGCAGAGUACCCUGGAGGAGCAUAAGGAGCGGUGUCACAACUACCUACAGAGUCUCAGCACUGAAGCCCAAGCUUUGGCUGGCCAACCAGGUGAUGAAAUACGUGACCUAGACAUGGUGCCAGACUCCAUGCUGCACUCAUCAUCCGAGCGGCCAACUUUCAUUGAUCGUCUGGCCAACAGCCUCACCAAACGCAAGCGUUCCACCCCACAGAAAUUUGUAGGUGAAAAGCAGAUGCGCUUCAGCCUUUCAGACCUCCCCUACGAUGUGAACUCGGGUGGAUAUGAAAAGGAUGUGGAGCUGGUGGCACACCACGGCCUGGAGCCUGGCUUUGGAGGUUCUCUGGCCUUUGUGGGUACAGAGCAUCUGCGUCCCCUACGCCUUCCACCCACCAACUGCAUCUCAGAACUCACACCUGUCAUCAGUUCUGUCUACACCCAGAUGCAGCCCCUGCCUGGUCGAUUGGAGCUUCCAGGGUCCCGAGAAGCAGGUGAGGGACCUGAGGACCUGGGCGAUGGAGGUCCCCUUCUUUACCGGGCCCGAGGUCCUCUGACUGACCCUGGGGCAUCUCCCAGCAAUGGCUGCCAGGACUCCACAGACACAGAGAGCAACCAUGAAGAUCGGAUUGGGGGGGUGGUAUCCCUCCCUCAGGGUCCCCCACCCCAGCCACCUCCCACAAUAGUGGUGGGCCGGCACAGUCCUGCCUAUGCCAAAGAGGACCCCAAGCCACAAGAGGGGUUAUUGCGGGGCACUCCAGGCCCCUCCAAGGAAGUGCUUCGGGUGGUGGGUGAGAGUGGUGAGCCCGUGAAAGCCUUCAAGUGUGAACACUGCCGCAUCCUCUUCCUGGACCACGUCAUGUUCACCAUUCACAUGGGCUGCCAUGGCUUCAGAGACCCUUUUGAAUGCAACAUCUGUGGUUACCACAGCCAGGAUCGGUACGAAUUCUCUUCCCACAUUGUUCGGGGGGAACAUAAAGUGGGCUAGUGACCUCUAUCCCUGCCACUGCUCCACCUACAGGUGUCUAGCUCUAUCCCCACCACAUCCCAAGGAGUUUUUUGUUAUAGCCCUCACCACUGGCCGCCUGAAUUGACAUCUGACCCUGACCCUCCUCACCUGUUUUCCUAUACCCUGGUCUUUUUAAGCAUUGUGACAAAACAGGUCUUUUGCUUAUGUUUCUCCUUUUUCUAAACUUCUCCUCUCAUCCCACCAUAUUCACUGAAUUAUUUAUUAAUGAUUUUUUUCUUUUGCCUUUUUUCACUUAUGACAGUCUCUUGCCACUCCCUUAUCCUCCUGCCCAUAGCUCCCGUCUACUCAAGCUUAAUUUUUUUCUUAUGGAUCCAGCAUCCUCCAAUAGCCCCAGGGGUCUGAAGCUCCUCUUCACACUGAGAGAUCUUGAGCUUCUUGCUUUAAUAUUCACCCUUUAGUUUAUCUGACUCUUCAGUUCUGAUGCUGAUACCUCCUAAUGGCCCUACCUUAGCUCUGUGGCAUUAUAUCUCCUCUUUGGGACCCUUCAACCUGGUACUUCAUACCUCUCGUGCCCUCUCACUUUAGGCAGCUUGCACUAUUUUUGAGUGAAUGAAGAAGUUCCUCAUUUGGAAGCAGAAGAGGCUGAAGAAACUCUGCCCAGGCACUGUGGACUUAGGGUCCUCUUGAUUUCCCCCUGGGAAGAUGAGUUCCCCAAAGCCUACAUUCAGGAUCUCCCUCCGGGAUAUAAUAUAGCUCUUCCCUCUCCCCAACCUGCCCCUCAACGCCACUCUACUUUCUUCAACCUGCCGCUUACUCAGUGGUGGCUUUUCUGUCCUUGGAGGGCCCCAAUUUUAUAUACUAUUCUCUAGGGCCAAGGCAAGGUCUGCAACCCUCUUAUCUCCAACACACUAGGAACCACAGGUGCCUAGUUGGAAACCAGGGCAUGGGAAGGGGGUGGGCCAAAAUCUCUCUCCUCCACCUCUCAAAUUUCUUCACUCUAGUGACCUUCCUAGGCUCUCAGGGACUCCUUUAGUCCCCCUCCUAUGAGAAACUGGUGGACUGCUGUCCAACAACCAGGCUUCUCAACUCCUCAGUCAUGCUGCCUUCUUCUUCUCCCUUCCAGCAGGAUUCAUUCACUCUCUCAUUCCCAGGCUCCUGGGCCCUGUUAUCAUCAGUGGCAGGGAGGAAAGGGUGUCUCUUUUCUCUUUUCUAAUUUCCAGUAUAACCAAAAAUUGUCCCAGGAUGAGCAAUUACAUGUGCCCCUUGCCCAUUCCACCCUUGUUCUAGCAAGAAUAGGAUGGGUACAACUAACUGGGGGUCAUCCUUCACUGCCCUUCCACACUCAGCUCCCAGACACAGGGCAAGAGGGGCACUCUUCUCUAGCGGCUGCAGAGACCUCUGGCUAUUUGGAUAACCGAGGAUUCAUGAGAAGGGGCAGGAGGAGGUACAGUUCCACUGAAAGUGGAGGUAUCUUUCUACAAAGAAUCCCCUGCCCAUGGCCACAGCCAUCACACUCUCUGCUUCCUUGAGAUUCAAACCAAAGGCUGUUUUUCUAUGUUUAAAAAAAAAUAAAAAGAAAAAAAAGAAAGUAGAAACCAAACACAACACCUCACAAGUUGUAACUCUCGGUCCUCUCUCUCCUUUUCCUUUCCCUUCCAUCUUUCUUUCCACAUUUCCUUUCCUAUUGGCUCUUUUGCCUCUUCUGCAUUUCUCACUCCCUAUCAGGGAUAUUUGGGGGGGGGAUGGUAAAGGGUGGGCUAAGGAUCAGACCCUGGAAUUGGGGCUCUUAAGGGUUCUGGGAAGAGUCUACCUAACCCUACCAUGGGAAGGGAAAAAAAUUUUUCCUCUUAUUCCUUCUUUUCCUCCCACAUUAUGUGUUUUCCCCAAGAGAACCAGAUUGGCAGGCAGAGGCCCUGUGGGGCAAUUCUUCCUCCUUGACAAUGUAGCAAUAAACAGGUGCUGCCAAGAGCAGAGGAUGGGGUGUCAGCUCCGAGAGAAUGAUCUCUAGAGGAGGGAAGGGUCUUCUCAACAGCACCCUUGGUACGAGCUCCUUCUUCAGGAUGGUAGCAGAGCUGAGGUUAGUAUCUGGGUUUCUCCUGAACUAUUCUGGUUAUUAACUCCCUUCCCAUUAAACCUGCCCCCCACCUCUUCUGUGACUGCUGUGUAUUUGGGGAUACCUCAUAAGGACUAGUCCCUUUUGGGAUAAUAGAACCUUAGGGUGUCCCCAUCCCCUCUUCUAGUCAGCCUUAGCACCUGUAACCUCCAGGAACAUGAAGGACUAUGCUCUGAGGCUAUACUCUGUGCCCAUGAGAGCAGAGACUGGAAGGGCAAGACCAGGUGCUAGGGAGGGGAGAGAGGGACGUCCUGUCUCUCUCCAGACCAUCACUGCACUUUAACCAGGGUCUUAGGUACAAAAUUCUACUUUUCAGAGCCUUCCAGCUCUAGAACCUCAAACAUCCUCAUGCUCUCUCCCAGCUCCUUUUGCAUAAAAAAGAAAAAGAAAAAGAAAAAAAAAAAAAAACCAAACCACCACACACUGAAACCCACAUGGAGAAAAGAGGUGUUUCCUUUUAUAUUGCUAUUCAAAAUCAACACCACAAAAAAAUUUCUAAAUAGACACUUUUCCACACCUUUGUUUUUUGUGUCAGUGUCCAAGCUGCAGGUAGAAUUUUGUAAUACUUCUGGCAGCUUCUUUCCUUGUGUACAUAAUAUAUGUAUAUACAUAUAUAUUUUUUUUAAUCAGAAAUUAUGAAGAACAAAAAGAAAAAAUAAAAUACAGAAGCAAGUGCAAUACCACCUCUCUUCUCCCUCUCUACCAGGGUUUCUUCCUCUGUAGUCUGUUUGGUGUCUUUUCACCCUUGCCCCUUCACCUCUUCCUUUCUUCCUCUGGUUUCUCCUUGUCCCCUCCUCUCUUUUUUAAAGAGUUUUUCUCCUUUCUCAAGGGGAGUCAAACUAGCUUUUGAGACUUAUUGCAAAGCAUUUUGUAUAUGUAAUAUAUUGUAAGUAAGUAUUUGUGUAAUGGAGAUAUACUACUGUAAGUUUUGUACUGUACUGGCUGAAGGUCUGUUAUAAAUAAAUGAGUAAUUUAACACC